AUGAUUUUAACUAGAAAUUUGCGAUUUUUCACCGAAAAUUUGUUGAAAACCGGCCGAAUAUCGAUUUUUCGACGUAAUUUAGUCACUUUUCGCAAAGACCUCUCACUGAAAAUCGAUUUUCCUGCAGAAAUGUCGUCGUCGUCCGAGCCAUCGUCUGAAGACGAGCAGACGAAGCAAGUGAAGGAGGAGACGCAGAAGAAGGAGAAGCAAAAGAAGGAGAAAAAGUCAAAGGUUUGAGCAAUUUUCGCAAGUUGCGAACAAUCGAUGCUCAUUGCAGAAAAGACAAUCUGAAGCGGACGCCGAGGUUGCUGAGCCACAGAAGAAGAAGGUCAAGAAAGAAGAAGUGACCGGAAGACUGAAAGACAACGAUGGAAACGAGGUAUUUUUAUUCUUUAUUGACCUUUUCCCGAAAACAAUAUUCUCAAUUUUUUGCAGAUGUUCGAGUUUGGAAACCUCAGAUACGCGUCGGUGACCAACUACAAAGGAAAAGAGUACCUGAACAUCAGAGAGUACUAUGUGGACAAGGUUUGACCCGAAAAUCUCGAAAAAUAAUCGAUUGUUUGCAGAAUUCCGGAAAAGUGAUGCCGUCACGCAAAGGAAUCUCGAUUACCAAAGGCCAAUGGGCCAAUCUUAAGGAUUUGAUCCCGGAGAUCGACAAGAAACUCGCCUAA